UGGACAACAGACGAAAUGGGCCAAUGGUAAUUAUCAAACUCCUUGGCAAACAGACAUAUCUGGUCCAAGAUCAAACUACGGGCAAUACCGAUCAAGUACACAUCAACCACUUACAACCGGUUGUCGUACGCCCGGUCUAGGUGGUUACCGACAAUAUAUUCAAUCAUCUCAGACAACGGUCUCAUCGGUGUGGCAACGACGAAGGCUCAAACCUGACUUCGCCCCGACAACUUCGGUUGGCGAUACUACGGCAAGUCAUCUUCAAUCAAGGACCGGAUUUCAAGUAGUGGCAGCUUGA